UUAAGCUCCGUCCUCGCUGAUCAAGCGCGUUGGACCAACAUGACCAAGGAGCACAAGUCCAUCAUGGCUGAAAUUUACCUGCAGACCGUAGAGAAGCUGAUGAUGAGCGUCCCGGACAACAACGAUAGCCGUCUGUGGAGGGAGAACGUGAGCACCAAAAAUCUGGAGCUCGACAUUUUGAGGAUCCCAUCCAAAUAUUCCGCAGUAAAGGACACUCAGGAACUGCAGUCCAGGGGGAACGUGCUGGAGGUGAAUGUGCAGAGCAUCAUGGGAGCAGACACAGAAGGGCCCGUCACGAUUGGCUUUUCAUCUUACGUUGGGAUGGAGCUGAUCCUCAAUGAGAGCUUCUUCUACAGUUCAGUCAGCACAUCCAGCGCCAUGAAGGUCAACUCGCCAGUCAUAACAGCCACAGUUGGUAACCGGCAACAGCACAACCUCACGGCUCCUGUCAAGCUGACUCUCCAUCAUAAACAGCUCCAUUUGUCCAAUCCGGUGUGCGUUUACUGGAAAUACCAAACAAGUGGGAGCUCCUGGUCACCAGAGGGGUGUAAGAUGCUCAUCUCCAAUGUUAGCCACACCACGUGCAGCUGUAGCCAUCUUACCAGCUUUGCUCUAAUCAUGGCAAUAUCUGAGCAGAAGAUACCCGACGACUCGGCUUUGUCCAUCUUCAGCAGUGUGGUGGUGUCAAUAUCCCUGGUGUGCCUCGCCCUCGCCAUCCUGACCUUCCUGCUCACCCGCUCGAUUGUGGACGUCAACAAGACCGUUUACCUGCACCUCAGCCUGUGCCUCUUUGGGGCUCACUUGCUCUUCUUAACUGGAGUGGAGAGCACGAGCAACAAGACCCUCUGCUCGGUGAUCGCUGGUUUCCUGCACUUCUUAUUCCUGGCCAGCUUCACCUGGAUGUCCCUUGGGGGGCUGCAGCUCCUCCUGCUGGUGCGAAACCUGAAAGCGGUCAAGUACAGCAGCCGGCAGGGCCUACGGAGGAGACACCUGCUACCGGUGGGCUACGGCGCCCCAGCGCUCAUCGUGGCCGUGGCUGCGGUGGUCUUCCCCAGUGGAUAUGGAGGAGAACAACACUGCUGGUUGUCCCAAUAUCGUGGAUUCUUCUGGAGUUUUCGGGGCCCGUCGUAUUUCUUGAUUACGGCCAACCUUCUUCUGUUCACCUCGGUCCUCUACAAUCUGAGGUCUCAGCUCCAUGGCGUCAAUUCUGAUGUGUCCAAACUUAAGGAUACGAGGCUGCUGACCUUCAAGUCCAUCGCACAUUUCGUCAUCAUGGGCUGCAGUUGGGCUCUGGGUUUCUACCAGGGGCUCCAGGUGUUCCGCUAUCUCUUUGUUCUGCUCAACGGCCUGCAGGGUUUCUUCAUUUUCCUGGUCUACUGCCUCCUAAACCGGCAGGUGAGAGGCGAGUACAGGAGCUGCUUCAGGCGCGUCACCCGACAGACAGAGACGUCAGUGCCAGAGGGGACCGAAACGAAGGACACGACCUUGUAGGCGUCCCCGGGAGGACGAUGUCAGCAGGAAGACAACCCAGCGGCCCUUUGAUGUUAUAUAGCGCCUUGCCAUGUGCGGUCCUGACAGUGCAGCACGAUGAAUGCUCAGAUCAAGGACCCCCCGCUCUUCUCUUCAGCUCGAUGUCCAUGAACUUCGCUCAGCUCAUUGCCAUCGAUAUUCUUCCAAACGCUUCGCUGGACUCCAUUAGCUGAAUUGCCUCUCGUGUGCCGCUCACAUGGGACCACUGUGUGACUCCGGCCCCCCCAGUGCUGGACGCCAUUACUGCAGAGGCAGACCCCCGUUGUUCAUCUCCCAGCUCUGCCUGCCUGCUUUAGCUGAACUUAAUGGAGGAGCGAGUGGUCAGUGAAGUGAAAUGGGGGCUUCCCAGUCUGCCCCUCGGGCUGCGCUCAGGGCUCUGCUGCCCUUUGUGUUUAUUCUGUAAUGGCUGAGGGGCUCUCAUGGCAUCAUUGAGGGGGAUUAGACACGGCAGGCUGGCGGCCAUCCAUUAGUUCUGGGUCCUUGUCAGUGAAAGUUGGACUAUUUGGGGUCUGACGGGAACCAAACUUGGAUUCAUUAUAAUUAGUGACGUGUAUAUAGCGCCUUACACAGACAGCAGAGAACCACUUGAACCAACACCAGUGGGUAGCGUCCUCCUGGAUGGUGUCUUGGCAGCCAUUCUUGAGCCAGUAUGCCCACCACACGUUAGCUGUUAGGUGGUAGGAGAGAGACUAAGGGGACAAUUAGGGGGCCCGAAUGUGCUGGGCCAUUUAUACAGGACAGUUGGGGACACCCUACUGCUUUUUGAAAGAUGCCCGGAGACUUUCUUGAGCACCGAGAGUCAGGACCCCAGGUUUACAUCUCACCUACAGGAUGGCACCAGAUUUUAAAACACAGUGUAACUCACCAUGCCAGGGCAUUGGGGUCCACACAGGGUAAGCGCCCCCUGCUGGCCACACCUCUCCCAGCAGCCUACACUUUUCCUAGGUGGUCUCCCAUCCAAGCACUGGCCGGACCACCCAUGCUUAUCUUCAGGUGGAUGACUUGUUGUGAAGUGUGGGGGGGAGGCCUCAGAAGAUGGCAGUCACACACAACACCUCAUAGAGACCCCAUUUAGAGCACUGAUGACCCUCACUAAGUCACAUCGGCUAUGGAGAGAAACGCCGAGUACAGGAUGUCAAGUAUAAGCACCGGUGCCAUGAGGUUUGAACCCGAGGCUGCAACGCCAAACAGAAACCGCCAUCUUUAAUAAAAACAACAA